AUGGAUCGUCGUCAGAAGUAUAAGAACGAGGGCAAGGAUCAGAAUGAGAUGCGUCGUCGACGCGGUGAGGUGUCUGUCGAUCUGCGUAAAAAUAAACGCGAUGAUGCAAUUAUGAAGCGACGCAAUGUGCUCGAUAUAGAUGUGAACAAAGAAGUCGAUGAGCUGCUGCCCAACUCAAUGAAUGCCAAGCUACUCGCCAUUGCUGCCUCCGAUUCCUCACAUCCGGAGGAGCAGUUGGCCGCUGUUAAGAAGGUGCGUGAAUUGAUUUCACUUGAGAAUGCGCCAGUCGAAACACUGAUAAACAACGGAAUGCUGCCCAUUCUAGUUGAGUGCAUCAAACCCUUUAAUUCGCCACAAUUGCAGCUCGAAACUGUCUGGACAUUGACAAACAUUGCUUCAGGACCAUCUGAACUAACACAUAAAGUGGCCACCUCGGGAGCUGUGCCCAUAUUAGUUAAUCUGGUUAGUGCAGGUGACUUUAAGGUAGCCGAUCAAGCCAUUUGGGCAUUGGGCAACAUUAUUGGCGACGGGCCGAGAAACGAGACUUUGUACUUGGCUUUGGCCUCAUUCAGCCAAUCCUUAACCUGGUAG